AUGACUCAUGUAACUUACAACAAAUCCAAUAUUCUAUCUGCCUAUACAAAACAUUGUAAUGAUGAUGAUGAAAAAACAUAUGCAUGGCUACAGUCACAAAUCGAUGAUUUAAUUUCUGAUUACAAAGACAGACUUGCUGUCAAAAUACCAUACACCCGUUCCAAACGAAAUCUGCUUGGAAAUAUUGCAGGCCUCUUCAGUUCAGUCAAUUCUAUAGUCAACACCUUCAAAAUAACUAAACAAUCUCAAUUUUCAACAUGGAUGGCAGACCAGGUGGCCACUGGUUUCCAACGUAUCACCAAUAGUAAUGAAAAUAUAAUCAAAGCGGUUAGAUCCAAAGCACAGGUGCUUCUGUUGGUCAGCCACACAUUAUUCAAUCAGACCCGUACCAUCGAACGUGACUUAGCCUGCAGAUCAUAUGCACAAGAUUUAUUUACUGCAGCUAGACAGGAAAUUUUAGACCUCCGUCUUCAUAAGACACCUAGGCACGUUCUAAGUGACCUAAUAGAAAUCUUAGAUUUAAACAGAUGGCAAACUUCAGACAAAAUGAAAGAUAUCAGUUAUUCUGAGUUAUUAACUACCAUUAUGAUGUAUACUGGAAAUGAAUGUACUGGUUGCCUUGGGUUUUUUGUCACCUUUCCUUUAAUCCAUCCAGACCAAGUAUUUCCAAAUUCCACUACUAUACGCUCUAUUGGUGUAACAGUGAAUGAUCAGAUCAUCAAAUGGGACCACCUUACUGGGUAUAUGACACUGAAGGGUACUGAGACACAAUAUACCAGUCGCACUUGCUUUCAUGAAACUCACCAUUAUGUUGUUUGUACAUGUAACACCUUACAACCUUUUUCUCCCAACGACACUAAACUCAUAAAUGAACAGUCAUUACAUGGUCAUUAUGAUGCUAUUCAGGUAUCUCAUACACAAUGGUGUGUUGUCAGUGAGAUGAAUUCCUUCACCUACGGGGGGUUGUCCUGCCCUGCCAAUCAUUAUUUUUGCCCAGAAGUAACAGAGGACUUUUCCAUGGGACAGAUAAACAUUCUGGGGAUAAUACCGCUGGAAGCAGAGGCUUCGCCAUGGUGGGAUGACAACUUCUAUGAGCAAAGCACACAAGCUGUGGUCGACACAAUGGAACUCGCACAGAGAAUCAUCCAACAGACUGAGUACCACCUUGCCCAAGCACAGGUGGAGGCUAACUUAGCCCGAAAGACUGCAAAAAUACUGUCCAACUCAUCCACCCGCUCUGCACAAUACGCUUACACUUGGUGGGACUGGAUAAUCCGUGGAUGUAAGGUGGGCUGUGCUGUGAUCUUCACUUCUACACUAGCUCUGUGUUGUUACUUCCGAUGCCUCAUUCGAUCCAUGAGGAGAUCAACUGAAGUUGCCGUGGCCCUAAGCUCACUACAAAUUCCCACGCUACAAAGACUGAAGUGA